UCGACGUGCGCGCAUGUUGUCGCCCUCUCUCUCUCUGUCUCUCGCGCUCUCGCUCUCGUUCUACCGACUCUCGGCAUCUGCGAUCCGAAGCGACGACGAUGUCGCGCCGCGAAUUGUUGCUGUCUGUCGUCAUCUUCCUCCUGCUUCAAUCUUCAACUUCUCUGAUCAGCUCUCCGAGCGCCAUCAUCAAUCCUUCCAAAGUCAAACAAGUUUCGUGGAAACCUAGGGCGUUUGUGUACGAAGGUUUCCUUACGGACCUGGAAUGCGAUCAUCUGAUCUCUCUUGCGAAAUCGGAGCUGAAGAGAUCUGCGGUUGCGGACAACAACAGCGGAGAGAGCAAGCUUAGUGAGGUUCGGACAAGCUCCGGCACGUUCAUCUCUAAAGCAAAGGAUCCUAUUGUUUCUGGUAUAGAGGACAAGAUCUCUACAUGGACAUUUCUCCCAAAAGAAAAUGGAGAAGACAUUCAGGUACUGAGAUAUGAGCACGGCCAAAAAUACGAUGCUCAUUUUGACUACUUUCACGACAAAGUCAACAUCGCCCGUGGUGGACACCGCAUAGCUACGGUUCUCAUGUAUCUAUCCAAUGUCACGAAAGGUGGAGAAACUGUUUUCCCCGAAGCAGAGGAACCUCUUCGGCGCAAGCUUUCUGAUCACAACAAAGAGGACCUUUCAGAUUGUGCAAAGAAAGGAAUCGCCGUGAAACCAAAGAAGGGCGACGCAUUGUUGUUCUUCAACCUCCAUCCGGACGCAAUUCCAGACCCCAUGAGCCUCCAUGGAGGCUGCCCCGUGAUAGAAGGUGAGAAAUGGUCAGCGACCAAGUGGAUCCAUGUGGAUUCGUUCGAUAAGAUCGUGUCCCAUGGAGGGAAUUGCACGGAUCUGAACGAGAGCUGCGAGAGAUGGGCGAUGCUAGGUGAGUGCACUAAGAACCCUGAGUAUAUGGUCGGAACUGCUGAACUUCCUGGGUCAUGUAGACAUAGCUGCAAGGCUUGUUAGAGUUCUUCUGUGUCAUUUCCAUGUUUUGUCUGGAGAACUUUCAUCGUUUAUGAUCAUCACCGCCUGAGGAUUUUUUUUCUCA